UGGCUGCUACCAGCAGUACCGUGUACACGUACAUCAUCAGGAUCAUGGUGUAAAAAUUGAUUUUUUGGUUCUGACCAUCCAUCGACUGGAGAACUUAAAGUGGAAAAGACGCACCGAGGGAGAGUCCUUUUUCUGGAUACAGAUUGUCUUCUAGAGACAAAUCUUGCCAACAGUUGGAAGGAAUGGGGAGUAAAAGUUCGACCCUUGUGAAUUCGAUCACGUCUCCAAUCACGAACUAUUUUUACGGUUCGAGCGGUCGAAGGGGAGAAGAUAACGGCAUAGCCCUAGACGGUCAGUGUGUGGCGGUCGGUCGGCUGAAAGUGAACCCCUUUAUACAUACAAGAAGAAGCUCCAAGUUUUAUGAUGAGGAUGGACAUCUAGCUCAUGAGUUCUACGUUGAAAUACCGGGGUCAAAGAGGAGGAGAAUGAAGGCAGGGAUGAUGAGAAUACACACCAACCUUAGGCCGCAGGGAGAAAUUACUCUGGACCCACCUCGACUACGUCCUGACCUGCCUGUUGUCAUGUGCCAAGUAUGACAUGAGGUCAUGACCUUAGUCUAGCCUAGGCUGAUCUUUGUGGCUUUUGUCAAGCUCUACCUGAGAAAAAUGCCGCUUGACACAAGACAGAAAAAAUGCUUACUUUAAUGAGUAUAUGUGGUUAGCAUAUUGCUUAGAGAGAUUGUGAAAACAACUACUGUAACAGAGCUGUGUUUGGAGUAGACUUGUCAACCCUUGGCUCUCAUAUAUCUUGACCUGAUACCUCCACCAGGGGAUUUUAGCAAGCAUUAAUUUCAGGUGCUGGUACAUACAUGUAUAACAAUACAUGUUGCUCACCAGAGUUGGCAUCUGUGGACGUACAUGUACAUGUAUGUACAUUUCAUGGUAUUAAUGCAUUCAUGUGUGACAGUGCAAGGGCCUCUUUCUCAGGCAAAGUUUAUUCUCAGUGUAUGUAAAUAAGAGAUUACACUGUAUUUAUGAAGAAGUAGAGAGGAACAUGCCGCAAGACCUGUGAAAAUGAUCGUGAUGAAGGAUUGAUCCACGUAGUACAUGCAUAACUUAGGGAAAGACUGUCACGGGGCACUAUAGACAUACAUGCAGCAUGGUACAUGUGGGUCAAAGGUCAAGUAGAUUCAGUGCUGUUGAUGUCACUGUACACUAUGUGUACAGUGGAGAUGACGAGCCUGUUGAUGUCACGGAGCUGGUUCUGUGACGAGUGAGACAGAUGGGGCGAGAAAUCGAAGGGGGACUGUACGGGGGACAUUUCUGUCCGUCAGAUUCCUGAGUGCCUACCCUUUUGCAUGAGUUGCAAUGAUGUGCAUAUACUCCAUGUACAUGUACGUGUACAGUGUGUAUGUGCCAUCUGUUAUGGGGAUUCUCAAAGGGAAAGGGGAAUAGGUGGUUCCAGUGGCCCAGAAUUUUUUCGGUCACCCUUCUCAUUUGGGACAGGAAAAAUGCCAGAACCGAUGCUGCCGUUGAUGAUGGAAAGGAUUGCAUGUUUUUCACAUCAAGCCAUCAGGCUGGUCUGUCAUGUGCUCUCUGACAUUUUGGGCUUGGACUUUUAGGGGCUUAGUUUGAUUACAGUAUUAUGGUGUGAAGUACCCGCACAUGCAUGUGGUAAUGUUGUAAAAUAAACGUACACGUAAGCACCAGAGUAUUUGUCAGUGACAUUAUGAUGUAAUGAAAUUGUAUGGAUAUUUUGCAGUGAGAGCAGGUCCCAAUUGGCCUUAUACUCAAGCCAGCCGUCUUGAAUUGAAAGAGAAGCCAUCCCUAUGUAAAUUUUCUUAAAACUUGAUAUGUUUGGGAAUGAAGAUGAUGCAGUAGGUGCGAAUUAUAGAUUACCAUCCUUGCACUCAAAUGGGUAAUUCCAAAUUAAGAAUAAAAACUUGUGUCACCUUUAUUUUCCCAAAUGAGAAAAUUCAAAGCAAGGCUUUACCUGUUAUCAGGUAAUUGUAGUAAAAUAUCCGGGCUCUUUCCUAUUUCGCAGUGUUCAGUAAUUGAGAAAGAUUCAAGGAGCGUUAUCCAAAAUGGCUAUCUUGUGAAUUAAGUGCAUUCCAUACAGCUGUUGUUAAGCAAAGAAAUGUGGCAUUUUGUGAGCACUCACAAGAUCGCAAGGGUGUUUUACUGAAUGCUUAAUCAGGGCCCACUGGAGAUGCUAAACAGAAAUUAAGAAAAGCAAGAAGCCUGUGGAGAACCAGUGAGAAGCAAAAACCUGUGACUUAAACAUUUGACGGGUAACCUCCAUCUGCUAAGCAACCUUAUACAAGUAUUUUCUGUGCUUAGCAUGAAAUGGGAGACUUUUGAGACGCUUGGUGGUUAACAUUCUAUGGGCUUUUUGAUUUACGUGUACACUCAAGAUGUACGGUAGAUCUACAUGUACAGUGGAACACUGUCACAACAAGGUCCUUGAGACUUCACAAAUUAUCUUGUUAUAACAGUCAUCUGGAAAACAAAGAAAAACAAUGACUUGGGACCUAGAAUUGUCCUUGUUGUACAUGUGUCUGUGUUUGACUGUGCAUGGAAGUGCAUACAUGUACUGUACAUGUGGGGUAUUUUCAUCUGAAUGCGCACAAACCUUUUCUGUCUUUAUGUGUGCACUGGCUGCAUGUCAGCAACCACAUUCGUACACGUAGCUGACUAUAUCUAACCAGUAGGUCAUGUAGAUCUGUCUCUCCGCACAUUACUUCACAGGGGCUGACUGAGAAAUUGACUUCAGUCUCACAAGUCAGAUACCAACUGGGCAGUUAACUCCAAAACGUGAAUUACAGGGAUGCAUUGUAUUGCCAGUCAUGAGAAAAGGUUUAGCUUUAGAGGGCAUAACAGGUUGAGCUUGGCAGUCGAGUGUACAUGUACAUAUGUUUAAAACACAAAAUGCAGACAAGAUGUCAGCUGAUGUUUUCUUGUUUACAUGUACGUGCAAAUCUAAAAUGCACCUGUAGCAAGAUGUAUUGCACUUUGUUGCCAUCCGUGGAUCUGCUCUACUGAAAUUACAGACGAGCUGUAAACAUGUACUGUACGUGUAUGGUAUAUGCAUGCACAUUUGUAAUUUGUGGGCAAGAAAAACAGUGUGGAGUUUACCUUCUUACAAGAGAUGGUUACUUGCGUGCUGUCUUAAUUGAGGGACAGAUGGUUCCCCCCUCCCAUAAGGUCACUCUACGGUCGUCCGAUAGUUGAUUCUGUGGCUGCUGGGUGUGCUUUGGGGAUUUUUGAAAUACCGGUAGAAUCUUGAGUCCAUUUAUUUGGAUUAUUGGAUGAUGGGAAGCAGAAUUCCUUGAAGUUAAAAGUCCAAGCCAAUUUCCUUUUUAUCAGAUUCGUCAAUUGAAUGACUGUGGAAGGUCAAAUUAAAUGCGGGUCAUUUUAAUUGUAACUGUGAUGUUGCAGACAGGUCAGCCGUGUGUGUCAUCUCUCAUGGCCCAAUGGAGGUAUUAAUCUGUCACAUUGUUGAUCUCUCUAUCCACCUCACACUCUCGGUGCUUUCACAUUUUUAUUUGGAGAUGGUUGUGGAGGCAGUGGCCCCUUUUUUGUGUAGUAUUUUAUUUGCUGCUGUGGUAUCAUUGACAGGUCAUAAACAGUCUCCCUGUCUUCAACUUGUGUCUGAACACUGCCAAGGUUGGUUCCCUGUCAUAUUUCGGAUCAGGCUAAUAAGAACAAUUAGACAUACAUGGGGAUCUCCCAAAGGAUUUGCAUCAGGAACUAGACACUGUUGGUUCUAGAAUGGCCAGAGAACUGUGUGAUUUGUGUCCUUAGGCAAGAUACUUCACAGUAUUGUUUCUUUGGGAUGAAAAGUCAAGCUGACUCAGCAUACUCCAAUAACAUUGAUCAUUUUAAUUGAUAAUGACCUGGGUCCAUUGUGCUCACCAUGCAACGAAAAGAGUGGCUCACUCAUCAGGACCACUUACUUAAAAGCACAGUUACCGCCAAAGAUUUAGUUAUUUAAAUUACGUGGGGAAUUAAAAGAGCAGACUAAGUCAAGUUUAACAUAAGAUUCUUUGAUAUCUCAGCUUUCCUUAAACCUAAAUAUUGCAAGAAUUGGUAAAUUGUUGGAUAAUGCAAGCAUUUUAAUUCCAUUUGCAGUAUUCUUUUGCUAAUCACAAGUUUAUUAUGAAAAAAAAUGUGAAGACUUUCCGGUGUAACAGUGAAGUGUACAUGUAUGUUGUAUUUUGGUAUUUUGUCCACAAUGUGCAAAUUUAAUUACAGAAUAUGUACAGUUUGGAGAUGAAUUGCAGAGGCUUUUUAACCUAUUUAGAAUGUUUUCAGCUGUUCGUGUAUAAAAUUUGGUAGCGGUAUACAUGAAUUCAGACCUAAAGUAAGAGUCAGGAACACCUACAUGUACAUGUACAUCUGAAAUGGUCUGUUCGUGGAGGAUCUAGCAGGCCAACUUUACGUGCUUGGAAGUGGGGCCAUGCCACACCGUUGUGCAUGGGUCAUUUCGCCCGCACAUUAUACAUGAAGGUAGUUCACACCCCAGUGUUGGUGUUACAGUUCAUUAGAGAGUGUGUAAAUGUACAUGUACCUGUAUAUCUAAUAUCAUACUGUAGCAAAACUGUGAAAUAAUGAAACUAUUCCGGACCUCUCUUCACACCUAAGCUUACAUGUACAUGUACCUGACGCUGUUUACCUCGUUUGUCAGUUUGCAUGUGACAUUUGCACAAGUCCUUUUAACUUUCUACAAAGUGAUUAAGCAUGCGAAGGGUAAAUAUCAGAGGCAGUGGGCUGCACCUUGUGGUGGCUGGAUAAUUGUCAAAAUUUCUCAGCUGGUGUCAUUUCUCCAAAAAAAGGUCAGUACCUCAUAUGGUAGAACUUGUACAAAUGUGUGAUUCGAGAAAACUCCCAAGGUAAACUUUGAUCCGAAUGCCUUGGGCAUUUCUGUCGGAAAUCUCAGAAAAAAAUUCCAAAAAUCCACCUCUUUAAAGCAUUCCAGUGGCAGAUUUUUUUGUACUUAAAGCCAGAUUGGAAAAGUGAUAGUUUUGGAUACUUAAAACCAAGUUUGAAAAUGGUGCCAAAUCUGCUGGGCACAGGAUCUUGACGAAUCUUGGGGUAGAAUGAAAGUCAGGUAAUCAACAGUGAUGUACAUACAUGUAUAGUUGACAUUAACAUGUACAGAACCCAACUUCACUGAGCUGCUAAGUGGAAAAUAUUGUUUAGAAACCUUUAUAGUCAAUCAAAACGUAGCCAGGAACCAGUCAUGGGCAGUAUGCAUUGUAUGGUGCUUUGACUUGUGACUGUUUUUGCUGAGCAACUGGGCAAUUCCAGGUAAUAGUGGAAAUUUGGCCACGCUGGUACUAACCUCAUUUAUCAUAAUUCUCAAACAUAGAGGUUUUUGAAAAGAAAACAAAGGAAAUAAGAGGUUGUACAAUUUACCUUUAACUGUAUGUUCUGUGUUUUUUGGGGGGAGGGGUGUAAAUUAUUCUGUUUGUAUGUGACUUAUGAUAAGAUUGAUAACAGCUCAACAAAAUUCACUUUAGCCUGGAAAUGGCUAAAUAUUUUCUGUGCUUUGUAACCCCUUGCAGUUGGCCCCUGUUGUAAGUCUUAAAGUGCUAUGCAUUUCCAGUGUGAACUGCCAGCAAUCGUGCUGUGUUGUUUAUUAUUCACAUCCAGUGACCCGCUGUACGUGUGUGUAUACAAGUAUCAUAAUUUAAUCAUUUGAUGGACAGCACAGACAGUCUGUAUAUAGCAAGAGAUCAUACCUAAAAAAUUUUUGCCUCCCGUGUAAAUAAGAGGAAAUUCUAUCUCUAGUAAUUGAAGAUGAGACUUUCAGUGUUGAACAUGAAGCCAUCUGAUUUUUUAUUUAAUGCAAUGCGAAAGUAGAUUGGGAAUGGUGAAUAUGAGAAUAAUUAAAAAUAAAAUGGAGAUCAUAGUUGUUUGUUGGUUUAUGAAAUGGGUACGGAAAUGACGAUGAAUAAAGCAUUCACAACUGAGCAUUUUA